AAGGUAGAGAGUGGUGGAGAUAGGAGCUGGUAGAUAGAGAGCCAGUAGUGUGGCCUUGGUGGUUUGAACAUCAGUGCAUUUGAGUUUCGCUUUCUUUUCUCCUCUUUUUGCAAAUAUGGCUGCGCUGCUGCUAACUGUCCUGCUUGCUCUUCUGCCAGUGAUCCUUUGCUACCCAACCUCCUACAUUGACCUUGAAGGCAAAGGCGGUAAUCGGUCAUCCCUUCGGUUCUUGGCAAUCGGGGAUUGGGGUGGUCUGCCGUACCCUCCGUAUAUUACGCCCCUUGAGCAGGCCACGGCCACAGAGAUGGGCAAGAUUGCCGACCAGAUGGGAGCAGACUUCAUUAUCUCGCUAGGCGACAACUUUUACUACAGAGGGGUGACCGAUGUCAAUGACCCCAGAUUUGAGGAGACUUUUGAAAAGGUGUACACGUCCAAGUCUCUGUAUGUGCCAUGGUUUGUGAUUGCGGGCAACCACGACCAUUAUGGAAAUGUCCAGGCUCAAAUUGAGUACUCCAAGAGGUCUGAAAGAUGGCAAUACCCAUAUUACUACUACGAGCUGAACUUCCGGAUCCCCCAGACGAACAGCACUGUCACCAUCCUCAUGAUUGACACGGUUCUCUUCUGCGGCAAGGCAGACGACUUCCUGCAACAGACCCCCUGUGGGCCGCACGGUUACCACGCCAACCGGCAGCAGCUGUGGCUGCAGGAGCGCAUGGCGCGGUCCAAGGCGGACUUCCUGCUUGUAGCCGGCCACUACCCCGUGUGGUCCAUCUCCGAGCACGGCCCCACCGACUGCCUGCUGAAGAAGCUACGCCCUCUGCUGGUCAAGUACAAGGCCACUGCCUACAUGUGCGGACACGACCAUAACCUGCAGUACAUCAAGGAAUCUGGUGUGGGGUAUGUGGUGAGUGGAGCCGGCAACUUCAUGGAUCCUAACACACGCCACCGCGAGCACGUUCCCCGCAACUCCCUGAAGUUCUUCACUGGUAAGGCCUCAACCUUAGGCGGCUUCGUGCACAUCGAGAUUGACAAAAAGAAAAUGACCAUGACCUUCAUCCAGGCCAGGGGAACGUCCCUCUACCGUGCAGUCCUCCCCAAACGUGACCUGAGCUUCAGCACAAAUGAUUCAGAUUAGAAGCGAGUAUUUCUGGAAGUGCUCCGUUUUACGUCUCCUUGUAUAGCUUCAAGUGUAAAAAAAUUUUUUUUUAAAGUGUUUUAAAAUAUUUUAUGUACAUUUUCAAUGUUUCAUUUAAAAGUCUUAAUUUUUUAAAUAUGUUUUAAUAAACUGUUGCAUUUUGACUUA